UUUUUGUAUAAAAUAUAUUAAGGUUAAGAGUUUUUGUUUAUAUAAUGUUGAGCAGUAUCGUAAUUUGAAAGCUAUUAAAGACACAAUUAAGAGAUAUAGAGGAGGAACCAAUCCUAGUUCAAAAAAUGGAUUUAUAUUUAUUUUAUCAAAAUGAAUAUGAGCGUCUUUACAAUUGUAGUAUUUAUAAUACCGACCAAAUUCCUCUGGAAAAACGUCAACAUAAAAUACUUGGAAUUUUCUUUAUUAUUUUGUCUACAAUAUAUGUUGUAAGUAAAUAA